AUGGUUGUUGCACCCUACCUGAAGUGGGCCGCGCUCAUCCUGGCCACUGUCCAGCUGGGUGCUGCGCAGACUUAUACUGACUGCGACCCGCUCAACAGUACCUGCUCUGCUGAUACCGGCCUGAAUCAGUAUGAGUUCACCACCGACUUCACUUCCGGUUCUUCGGCUUUCAAUAAGUGGAAUACUACCCAGGGUACUGUGGAAAGCACUUCGCUCGGUGCCAAGUUCACUAUCUCGGAGCAGGGCGAUGCUCCAACUAUCGAGAGUGACUUCUAUAUCUUCUUCGGCCACGUUGAUGUCAAGUUCAGAGCCGCCAACGGCACCGGUAUCAUCAGUACCUACAUUCUUGAGUCGGACGAUUUAGAUGAGAUCGACUGGGAGCAAAUCAGUACCUAUGACUACUCGAUCGAGACCGAUUACUUCGGCAAGGGAAACACCACCUCCUACGACCGUGGUACAACUGUCAAUGUCACCACUCCCCUGGAGACUUUCCACACCUACAGUCUUGAAUGGACCACCAGCAAGCUGGAGUGGCUCCUGGAUGGUGAGGUUGUCCGUUCUCUGAAGUACUCCGAUGCUCUCAACGGCAAGAACUAUCCCCAGACUCCUAUGCGCAUCAAGAUCGGUAUCUGGGCCGGUGGUGACCCCGACAACAGUGAGGGCACCAUUGAGUGGGCUGGUGGCGAGACUGACUACACUGCUGGUCCUUUCUCCAUGUAUGUCGAGUCGGUCAAGAUCAUCAACUACAACCCGGCCAAGUCCUACAAGUACACCGACAAGACCGGCUCCUACACCAGCAUCAAGGCCUCCAACGGCACCACCUCGACUAACUUGAGCUCAAGCUCCAGCUCUGCCGCCUCCUCCUCGUCGACCAAGGCCUCCGGCUCUUCCAGCUCCUCCAGCUCUUCGGCUUCCACUUCUGCUUCUAGCGUCAGCUCCGCUGGCUCUAUCUCACUGUCUAGCUCUCUGUUUAUGGCCUCUGUGUUUGCUCUUGUCGCUGGAGCUUUCCAGCUGUGA